AGGUGAUGUUGUCCUUAAAGAAUUGUUCAUCAAAGAGAGUGCACUGGAUGAUCUAAACUUACCUGUAAAAGUCAAACAUGGACAUUUAGGUAAACUUACAUUAAAGAUACCCUGGAAGAACCUUUACACAGAACCUGUCGUAGCUGAAUUAGAAGGACUAUAUCUCAUUGCAACUGCCAGUGCUGGUGUUCGUUAUGAUGCUGAGAAAGAAGAGAAGACAGCCCAAGAGAACAAACAGAAAGAACUUGAGAGAAUUGAAGAGGCCAAGAAACAAGAAGCUGAAAAGGACAAGAAAAAGGAAAAAGCCAAAGAUGGAUUUGCUGAAAAGAUGGCAGCACAAGUUAUAAAGAACUUACAAAUCAAAGUCAGUGACAUACAUGUUCGAUAUGAAGAUCGUUAUACAAAUCCAGACAAACCUUUCUCAAUGGGCGUCACCCUGAAAAAUUUAUUCUUUGAGACCACAGAUGAGAACUGGAAACCUUGCAUUAUAAAGGAAACUGUCAAGAUGAUAUAUAAACAAGUGCAGCUAGAUUGUCUCUCUGUGUACUGGAACUCUAACAGCCCCAUCUAUACAGACAUGGAAAAAGAUGAUAUGAUAAAUAGUAUGAAAUCAAACAUUUCAUCUCCAACCACUAAGACAGACUAUAAAUAUUUGAUAGAGCCAAUAUCCUCUGUUGCUCAAUUGCGUCUCAACCAGAAGCCAGAGGAGAUGGAAUACAGUCUUGCCAAAUUAUUCCUCAAUGUGAUAUUCAAAGAAAUUGCCAUAGCUCUCAGUAGAAAACAGUACCAGGAUGUCAUGGAAAUGCUUGAGUCAUUUGAAAGGGUUGCCCUAAGCAGCAGAUUCCGGCAGCACAUGAGACCAACUUGUAAAAUACAUAUUAGUGCCAAAAAUUGGUGGAAGUAUGCAUAUAGAUGCAUCCUCGAAGAAACUGUACGUCGGAGACGUCGUAUGUGGUCUUGGGAACAUAUAAAACACUACAGAGAUGUCAUGCGGCAAUACAAGGAAGCAUACAAGAAAAAGCUCAGCAUGAAGAAAAUCUCAUCUGAUAUUCAGAAAGUUUUAGAUGAUGGUGAGGCAGAAUUAAGUGUGUUCAACAUCACCUUGAUGAGGCAACAGGCAGAAGUUGAGCUGAAGAAAGCCAAAAUCAAGAAGGCCAAGGCUGAUGAGGGAGGGGGAUGGUUUGGUGGCUGGUUUGGUGGGGGCAAGAAGAAAGAAAAAGAAAAGAAGAAAGAAGGAAUAGACAUAGAGGAGCAAUUCCAAGAAUUGAUGACAGAAGAGGAAAAAGCCAAACUUUAUUCUGCAAUUGGAUACCAAGAGAACACCACAGACCCAACAUUGCCAAAAGAUUAUGUUGCCCACAAAUUGAAUUUCAAGUUGAACAAACUCUCGCUCUGUCUGAAAGAUGAAGAGAAAACGAACCCUCAGAUAGUGAAAUUACAACUGGACGAUGUGUUCGCCUCUGUUGGACAGAGACCUGCGGCUAAUGCCCUGCGUGUUCAAGCCAAAAUGGACACCCUGAAUAUUUAUGGGUCUCCAGCAGAGGGCUCUGUACGGACUUUAUUGUCAUCAUUGAAUCACGAAGCAGAUGCGAAAUAUUCACUCCUUGAUGUUCAGUUUGAGACAAAUCCACUAGAUGGCGCUUGUGAUCAGAGGAUUGGAGUUCAUGCAAGACCAGUUGAGAUUAUAUUUGAUGCUACCACCAUUAACCAAGUAGUUGAGUUCCUAAAACCGCCACAAUCUGUCCACUUAAAGCAGCUACAAGCGGCAGCAAUGUCUAAAUUUGACGAAAUCAAAGAACAGACCACGACUGGUCUAGCUCAUGCAAUUGACAUUCACAAAUACACAGAUGUUAACAUAGACCUUAAACCAUCAUAUAUUCUUAUUCCGCAAGAUGGUUACUAUAGAAACAACUGCCAUAUGUUGGUCGUGGAUCUCGGUAACUUCCAGUUCAAGAGUAUGCGAGAUCUACCGAGCCCAACAGGUCCCAUUAAAAAUGAGUCUAUGGAUGAUGUCAUGUCUCGUGCUUAUGAUAAGUUUAGCAUUAAGUUACAGAGUGUCCAGGUACUCUUUGCACAUCCAGGAGAGAACUGGAUGGCGGCCCGCCAACAGAAUAACUCCAACAUGCACAUUGUCCGCCCUAUAUCACUUAAUGUCUCCCUACACAAGUGUAUGAUAGAGAAUGACACACGGAUGCCAAAGAUGAAAAUUGCUGGAGAAUUGCCAGUUCUCAGUCUAAAUGUGUCUGAUGUCCGUCUGCAAGAACUCUUGGACCUUGCACUCAGUAUUCCUACGCCAGAAUCUAGUUCAGAUGAUGAUGAUGAAUGGGCUGCCCCAGAUAUCACUAAUCUUGCAGUCGAGGCAGAGGCUAAGUCACUUUUGAAGAAAAUACAAGUUGAAGAGUCUUCUGAUGAGGAACAACAGGCUGCUAUUAAGGCGCCAUCUGGCAGUGGAGAUGGAGCUGAUGAUGAAGAUAAUUUUAUGGAUGCUAAAGAGAGUUUGGAAGCAUCACGACGGCUAUCCCAGCAAUCAUCACAGGAUAUUGUGCAAUAUACUGACCUUGAACUUACCUUUGAAAUAAAAGAGAUCAGUGUAAAUAUCUCACAGUUCAAAGUUGACCAAGAGGUGCCCACCUUGAAGAUAGUGGUGGAGUCCCUUGGUACCAGUCUUAAGAUGCGAACAUUUGAAAUGGUUGCAGAGGCUUACCUUGGCGGUGUUUACCUACAGCAUUUGCAGUUUAAACUCCCCAAGGAUUUACAACUAACUGAAGAGUUGAAUGAUGGACCCCUUAUAAACAUCAUCAAUACACCUUCCCUGGAGGAUGACUCUUCCAAGCAUCUGCUCUCUGUACAGUACCUCAAGGCCAAUAAGGAGGGUCCUGACUUUGCAACUGUUUACAACAAUACAGAGCAGACCAUAAAGGCUGAGUUCCGGGCACUUGAUAUAAUGCUACACCAGGGGGCAUUGUUGAACAUUAUGGAACUUGCUCAAAGUCUUGCCCCGAAGCCACGUGACACAGCCACUACAACAGUUGACGUCACACAACACACCACUGAUAAACAAGACACUGUUAAAGAGGCUAAACCAAAGAGAAAGAAAAAGAUCAAUAAGAAAGAUGAGGAUGUGAUAGAUAUCCAACUAGAUGCCAACCUCAACAACAUUGCAGUUACAAUGUGCACUGAUGUGUCUGUUAUCACAAAGCUAAAAGUCUCAGGAUUGGAGGCUGGUGUAACCAUUGACAAAAAGAAAACUGAUGUGUCGGCAAUCUUGCGUGACAUCACAGUGUUCGACCCAACCCCCCAAGCAGUCUACCCUAAGAUAUUAUCAAUAGAUGGAUCUGAGGUAUUCAACCUGAGUCUGACAAUGUUCAAUGAUGCCACAGAAGGAGAGGCAUACACUAAUAUGAAGUGUGUGGAUAUGAAGGUUGACCUGUCCCUGGGAUGUAUGAAAGCUGUCUUCCUUAAUAAGUUUGUUGCUGCUCUACUGGGGUACGUGGAAAAGUUUUCUGCUGCCAAAGAUAAGGUUGUGGAGGCAGGGGUUGCUGCCGCAGAGCAGGCGAGACAAGUGGCAGCAAACCUCCAAGACAAAGCAUCACGUAUACAGCUGGGAAUCAGCAUGAAGGCUCCAUUGAUCAUAGUUCCACAGAAUUCCAUGUCAGAAAAUGCGCUUGUAGCAGAUUUGGGUCUGCUUCAUAUCGGGAACUCAUUCUACAUGGCCCAGAAGACAAAUGAACGAGGCCACCCUGCCAUCUUUGAUCACAUGAAAAUAGAGCUGAGUGAUCUCAAAUUGUCAAGAGCUGUACUACUGGAUGGUCAAGUGGGGCGUGAAUGCUUAUUGUUAAAUCCUGUCACAAUAUCUCUAGAAAUACAGCGUAACCUAGCAGCAGCAUGGUACCAUGAAGAGCCAGAUAUCAACAUUUCCGGGAAACUUCCCUAUGUGGAUGUGAAUAUAAGUCAAAGUGAUUUCACUAUGAUGAUGUGUGUCCUUGGGGAGAAUUUGACUGAGGGUCAACCUGCCCCCCAAGCCCCACCCCCUGUGGACACCACAGACCAAGUUGUCCCAGAGAUUGCAGCACCCGUGUCUGCUGAGCACCCUGGGAUUGAACCUCCAGUGACUGAUAAUGCCUACCCGAAGAUGACGUUCACAUUCUGUGUUGAAAAUAUCAAGGCUGAGUUGUACAUUGGAGAUAGUGAACUGGUACCUGGAGGAAGUGCUAGAAUCCCAGAGAAAUCUCUUGCUAGAGUUGAGCUAAAUAAGAUAGCAGUUGAUGGCAAAAUGAUGUCUGAUACGUCAAUGAAAGCCAAAGUGGUGUUGCAGAAUAUAAUCUUGGAUGACUCGCGACCCUUAAGAGAGCAUGGAAUCACAAAGAUGUUAGAAAUGGCCAAUAUGGGUGUAUCAGAGGACAAUAACAUGGUGAAUAUCAGCUUUGAUCAGGACUCCAAACAGAACAAGGAUCUGAAGAUGACCAUGCACAACCCAUAUAUCUGCGUCUGUUUGGAUUACCUCAUGGCUGUUGGGGAUUUCUUCAUUAAGGGACUACCACCUCCUCCACCACAACCAGCUAAGCCAGCCAUUAAAGAUGCUGCUGCUGAGGCUGAUGUUGUGAAAGCAGAAAUCCCACCUUCAUCAGAAAUGCAUAUCAUGAUCCAGAUAAUGCAUCCAGAGAUUGUACUUGUGGAAGAUGCAAUGAAUAUGGACACUAAAGCCUUAGUCCUUGAUACGGAGGUGUACUUCAAGAUGACCAUUCUACCAGAGCAACAGACCAUGAUGGGGGCUGUUAAGAAUCUCCAAAUUCUAUCAUGCAACUUCUCUGAGCGGAGUCGCAGAUCAAAAACUGGAGUUGUGAUCCUGACCCCCUGUGAGAUCGCCCUACAGAGUAGUGCACCAUUUGGUAAAGGUCACCACAUGGACAUUAACAUCUCUGAUAUUAUACUCAAUAUCUCACCAGCUACCAUACGUCUCAUAACUGCUAUCACAUCAACAGUGGGAUCUCAACAGAGUGAUGAAGAAGUGGAGAAGGUGGAGGUGAUUCCUAAAGAUGUGUGGGACGUCAAACCACUGACAUCAGCCAACCUCUGGUAUCUCAGCUCACCUGAGGGUGAAGAGGUGACAGAAGAGACACUGGAUUUGGUUGACCCACUAGCUGAUGACAUCAUACCCCCAUCACGGGGAGAGCAGCUUCUGGUUGCAAUAUCUACAAUAAUUGUGAAAAUCGAGGGAGGAAUCGGAAAACGAACUGUACCAAUGUUAAUUCUUGAGGCUGGAUUUAGGGGCGAGAUUAAAGACUGGAGUACACAGUUGAACAUCCAGUGUGACUUGAGUCUUGAGGUGGCCUAUUAUAAUGAGAACAUGGUUGUGUGGGAGCCUCUCAUUGAACCAGUGGAGGAUGGAAACAGGCACAGACCCUGGGAACUGAAUGUUGAGAUCAGUAAAAAUGAUGACCUGCCACCCCCACCUUCAGAGGAAGAUGAGGGUGAAGUGUUGUUCCAGCCUCCUAAGAUGUCACUGAAUGUUACAUCAUAUGACGUCCUACAGCUGACUGUCACAAAGACCUGUAUUGAGGUCCUAACUAACCUGGGAAAGGCAUUUGGUGAUGCCUACAACCUUGUGGAGCCCAGUGUUAAAGCAGGGGAAGUCACAGCUCCUUACCUACUCAAGAAUGACACAGGAAUGGCCUUGACUUGUAAGCUGGAUGAGACUUUCACGAUGCCUCCACAGGCUAAAGAUGGCCAUGUUGGACUUAAGGCUCAAGAAGAGCUUCCAUUAUGGGGCCUAAAAGUUGCCAAGUUGCUACGGAAACAGUCUCUCAUCAAGGCAACACAAGAAGGAGAGAAAGAGAAGAAAAUAUUGCUAACUAUGGAGCAGUUCAAUGCGACGAGGGAGUUGAACAUCAUGAAGGUGGAAGAGCGAGGCUAUUCCAUCAAUCAGAUUGCCUACCCCGGGAAACCUUGGAGUCUCAUUUGUCAAACGUCUGCAUCUUAUGGUUGUAAGACUAUCACUCUUCGCUCCAUGCUCCAGUUUCACAAUCAUCUGCCUGUUGAUUUGGAAGUUUACUACAAACUAGAGUCUGGUGAUAUUGAACAGUGUGGGGUCGUCGCACCUGACCAAACAUUCAAUGUACCAAUGUAUGCUGUAUACUCCUCUUUUGAAGAGUUCUUCUUCAAACCAGCGGAUAAAAACUAUAAAGUUUCUACAACUGCUAUUAAAUGGUCUGAUCUGAAGACUGGCUCCAAGAAGGUUGUCAGCUGUGAAUUUGCCACUAAUGAGUCUACUACAGCCCACCAACCUCUUUACUUCAAUGUUAAUUGUCGAUCGGAGGACGUUUUCUUUGAGCAGACAGAGGAAAAGACUGCCAAGUCAAUCAUGCUAGACAUACAACCAACUGUUGUCUUUCAUAACCUACUGCCAUAUAAGAUACAAUAUACAUUGGAGGGUAAGACCCCAGAAACUACAAUUGACUGUGGGGAGAAGUCUCCAUUGCUCAGUGCUUGUCCUGGCCAAACUACACUCGAGGUCAAGAUAUCUAAUUACCUGAAGAAAGAAUGGACAGCUUGUAUUUCUCUCACAGAGAAAGUUGAGGAGCUCAGUGUGAUUACAUUCGAAGCAAUGGAGGGCUCCAACAAACAUGUCAUGGAUCUUGGUCUCCACACAGUGACUGAGAAAGGCUAUAUGAAUGCACAACUCUACUGCCCAUACUGGAUGAUCAACAAGUGCAAUCUACCUAUAUCCUACAAGGCUGGCAAAAUCAAGGAAAAGGAUAAGGCUGAAGAGGUUGUGAUCAGUCAUCCAGCAGAUUUUGAAGAUGCCGUACUAUUUUCUUUCAAAUCUGGGAAAUCAUUUGUGUCCAAGAAAAAGGCCGCCUUGAAAGUUUGUGAGUCAGAUUGGUCCGACAAAUUCUCACUUGAUACUGUUGGCAGUUCUGGUAUUGUACAAUGCAGGUUUAUGCGGUACAUGUAUGAGGUGGGUGUGUCCAUUUCCCUCUCCAGUUCUGGUCUUACUAAGAUAGUGACCUUCACCCCAUACUACAUGCUAGCCAAUCAUGCCAAGUUCACCAUAUCUUGCCGUGAACGCAUCACUGAGGCUAAAUGGAUAGAUGUCGCCCCAGGAGAGUGUGUGCCUUUCUGGCCAAUAUAUAUAGCGAAGAAUAUGCAGAUGACGGCUAAGAUCAAAGAUACAGAUCUUGAGACGAAACCGUUUCCAUAUAACGAGGUCCAUGCAACCCUCAUGAAGGUUGAAGAGUAUGGCGGUAUCCAAGUUGAGUGCAUCGUGUCCGAGUCAGCUAUAGCAGUUACAUUCCAGCAGUACAGUAAUGGCAUGGCCUCUGCUCGCAUAGUCAACCAUACAGAGAAUGCAAUAGUACAGUACAGUCAGAGGGAAGUGAAAGAUGAUGUUCAAACAUUACAAGCACAAAAUACAUGUCUUUACACCUGGCAAGACCCCUUGGCUAAACGUAAAUUGAUCUGGAGUUGCGGAGACAAGAAAUUCCAAGAGGAUGAUCUCAUGACGGAUGGUAUUGGAGAGUUCUUUGCUAACGCUGACACCAAGGUUUAUUGGGUAUCUUUCCUAGAUGGAAUGCAGCGUGUCUUACUCUUCACUGAGGACCUUGCCCUUGCCACAAUGGCUCAAGAGGCAGGAGAGUUAGAGCGUGUAGAACAAGAGAUCAUCCUCUCUCUCCAGGGUGUUGGUAUCUCACUGACCAACAACAUGCACCAGACAGAAGUUUCCUAUAUGGGUAUCACAAGCUCUGGGGUGAUUUGGGAAGAGAAGAAGAAACGCUACAAGGCUCUGAACAAGAAGCAGAUCAGGACUUUAGAGGCAGCCUACCAGACGUAUAUGGCUGAAUUAUCAAUUGGCAAAUCAACCAGCUCUAGACAACAACUCGAUGGAAAACUUGAUGUAGAUUUCCAGGAAAUGAUGAUGUACAAACCACGGAAGCAUCCAAUAAGACGCAGCUUUGAGAAUGGAAUCUGGCUCUCUUACAGAACCUCCCCACACCAGCUGCAGCUUCAUGCAAAGGUUCAUCGUUUGCAACUUGACAACCAGCUCCCCGCCAGUGUUUUCCCAACAGUGCUUGCCCCAGUACCUCCACCCAAGUCUGUUGCUGCUGAUAGUGUGCCUAAACCAUUUGCUGAGCUGAGUGUGAUGUUGAGAAAGAGAGAACACAGCAAUGUCAUGCAGUUCAAGUAUGCGAAGAUGUUGGUACAGGAAAUGGCAUUGAAACUAGACCAGGGCUUCCUGAAUGCACUCAUUGACCUCUUCUCAUCCGGAGCCAUUCCUGAGGAGCAAGAGCUUGAAUACUUCCGAAAUGAUACCUCCAUGAUCCGUAUGCAGUUGAAGGACACGGAUGCCAGUCUAUCAUCACAUAAAGAACAAAAGAACUUCUACGAUAUCCUCCACGUGUCUCCUCUGAAGAUCCACAUUAGUUUCUCACUCCAAGGGGGAGGUGGUGACAAAGAAGGGGGCAAGCCCACCCAGAUCCAAUCCAACAUCAUCAACCUGUUCCUCCAGAGUGUCGGAGUUGUCCUUACAGACAUACAGGAUGUUGUUUUCAAGUUGGGCUACUUUGAGCGUCAGGCCAAAUUCUACAAUUCGAGCCAGCUACAGGGUGAGGUAGUGCGGCACUACUCAGGGCAAGCAAUCAAACAGAUGUACGUCCUUGUACUAGGACUUGAUGUCCUCGGGAACCCCUUCGGCCUAAUCAGAGGUAUGAUGGAGGGAGUGGAGGAUCUAUUCUACGAGCCCUACCAGGGGGCCAUUCAAGGACCUGAGGAGUUUGCUGAGGGACUCGUGCUUGGGGUCCGGAGUUUGUUUGGUCAUGCAGUAGGUGGAGCCGCUGGAGCUGUGUCGCGUAUCACAGGGACGUUGGGUAAAGGUAUCGCAGCUUUAACACUGGAUGAUGAUUAUCAGAGGAAGCGAAGGGAAGCUAUGAACAAGAGGCCUGCCAACUUCCAGGAAGGCAUGGCCCGUGGUGGAAAGGGACUUGUAAUGGGAUUUGUUGAUGGCAUAACAGGCAUUGUGCGCAAACCAAUGGAGGGCGCUAAGCAGGAGGGUGCAGAGGGCUUCUUCAAGGGCCUUGGCAAGGGCUUGGUUGGAGUUGUAGCUAGGCCAACCAGUGGAGUUAUAGAUUUUGCCAGUAGCUCAUUUGAAGGUGUUAAAAGACUGGCAGAAUUAUCGGACGAAGUUCGACGGUUACGUCCUCCGAGAUUCAUAGCACCAGAUGGCGUCAUCCGUCCAUACAUUCACAGAGAGGCUGAGGGCAACAGUAUUCUACAGGAAUUAGAAAAGGGGAAAUAUGCGCUGACAGAUGUAUUUGUUGCUCACAUGGUUGUUACCAAAGAUGGCAAGAAUGUUGUACUCGUCACGGACAAGCGGGUGAUAUUUGUAAAGAAAGGUGAUAUAUUUGGCCACUGGGACUGUGAGUGGCAGUACGGAUGGUUAGACCUCAAGGAGCCUCCAGCCUCAACCUCUAAAGGAAUUCAGAUACUGCUCAAGGAAAAGCAGAAAAAGUCUUUCUUCAGCCAGAAGAGUCUUGGGAAGAUGAUCCCAAUGACAGAUGAAAAAGCUUCAGAUUGGAUUGUAUUGAAAAUGAAGGAAUCAUACUCCACAUUUGUGAGAUCAUGAUGACAAGAGGUCAUAAGAACAAGACAUGAUGGUGACAUAUUGAUGUCAUAGAGACAAUGGAGGACAUAGUUUAAAUCUAGGUCAUGAUGUUAAAAAUAUAGUUCAGAAAAACCUGUAUAUCUGAACACGUCUCAAGUUCAAACACUUUUCUCUGUGAACACUUUUUCAUCCAUACAGCAAGGGUAUAAAGUAUUUUAUAUAUGCUGAAUUUA